AUGGUGAGAUAUCGGGAGCGAAAAACUAAUCGAGGUAAAACACCUGUUGAAGUGAUGAGAACAGCAGUUGAUGAAGUUCUGAAAAAGAACAGAGCUAUCAAUGCUGUUGCACGUGAAACUGGAAUUGACCGAAUGACAUUGAAGCGAUAUGUUCGGAAGAGUAGUCUCAGUCCAAGUGUAGGUUUGAUACCGAAUUGGAAUACAAGGCAGGUAUUCAAUUUAGAACAAGAAGAGAUGCUUGCAAAGUAUUUGCUGCAAGCAUCUAAGAUGAACUAUGGACUAUCCACCAAAACAACUCGCCAGUUCGCAUAUGAUAUGGCCGUUGCGAAUAAUAUAACAUGCCCAUCUUCAUGGUCAAUGAAAAAAACUGCUGGUAUUGAUUGGCUCCAGGGUUUUAUGAAAAGAAGACCCGAGUUGUCACCACGUGCAGCUGAAGCGACUAGUCUGGCAAGAGCAACAGCAUUCAAUAAAUAUAAUGUCAGUGAAUUCUUCAAAAAUCUUCACAAGGUUCGUGCAAGGCAUAACUUUGGUCCGGAGAACAUAUACAAUGUAGAUGAAACUGGACUCACAACUGUGCAAAAGCCUGUUAAAGUUAUAGCCGGUCGAGGAUUGAAACAAGUCGGAAGGAUGACAUCUCAGGAAAGAGGGAAAUUAAUUACAGUAUGCUGUGCUAUAAAUGCAAUUGGUAAUUCCAUACCACCUUUGUUUAUUUUUCCUCGUGUCAACUUCAAAGAGUUCAUGAUAAGAGAUGGUCCUCGAGGUUGUGUCGGGAUUUGCAAAUCCAUCUGCCACAAAUUGCAGCCUUUAGAUAGAGCCGUGUUUGGUCCUCUGAAGAAAUACUACAAUACGGCUUGUGACAACUGGAUGGUCAGUAACCCAAGACCACUGACAAUAUAUGAUAUUGUACCAAUUGUUCGGGAAGCAUAUACUAAAGCUUUUGCAAAAUCGAAUAUAGAAUCUGGAUUCCGAAUCGCUGGCAUAGAACCUUACAAUCCGGACAUUUUUACAGAUGAUUUUUUAGCAGCAUCGGUUACAGAUCGCCAUACACCUGCUACAGAAAUGGACACAGACAACAGUGCUUAUGGAGUAACAGCUACAUCCAAUAAUGUGGAGCCAUCACAAAUGGUUCUAGCUGAUGAUGGAGAACCAGAACAAAUGACUUCAAAUCCACAAACUGAUGAUGUUAACAUGGUUCAAUCUAAUAUUCACUUUCCAAUAUCACCAGAAGUGUUGAAACCAUUUCCAAAGGCUUCAGCCAGAAAAAAGCUAUUUCGGAACAGGCAACAAAAAACAAGAAUUUUAACUGACACUCCAGUUAAACAUGAAAUUUUUCUUGCAAAAGAAAAAAGUGUGAAUAAAAAAAAACGAACAUCCGAUACAGUAAAAAAAACAAAAGCCAUGUCAAGCGUUGAUUAUCUUGGAACACUAGAAAGUGAUGACAGUGAUGGUGAUGCAAGCAAUCCUCAGUUGACAGCAGAAGGCCCAAGUCUGGACUACGACUGUUCUGCAUUAAAAAGUAAUGACUAUGUUGUAGUAAAAUUUAAAACUAAAAAGAAAUGCGUAUUGGCAGCCAUUAUCAUUGUUAAUUUGAAAGGAGUAUUUUUGCAGGCCUUAGAUCUCAUUUAUUUGAUAAAAAUAUCCAAUUUCUGCAGUCCCAAAAUGCGCACACUUGGAGCUGUACAUGGAACAGAAUGUUUUCAGGAUAUUUCCGAAUUUAAAAACGCUAAGGAAAUAGAGAGGAUCAAAAUUAUUGGGCUUGAUUCUUCGCUGUAUUUUGCAAAUGCUUCCUACUUCUGUGACAAACUUAAACUUCCAAAUUUGCAUCUUCUCAAGAAGCAAUCAACAGACCAGAUUUCCCCUAGAAACGAAUGCGAUGGUUCUGAAGGGACCGACUGUAUUACGGAUGUCAUCAUAGAUUUUGGACUGGUCUCUUUCAUAGAUGCUGAUGGUAUAGCAGCUCUGAACGAAAAACCAUUUUUGCAAAAACGUUUGUUGAGGCUUGGUGGUACGGUAGUCCUCAAAAAGACAUAUUUUCAACAAGCAGAUUCCGUAUAUGACGCCCUGAACAAGUCGAUGUCGAUAAAAAAACUAGAUCAUAUUGAGAUCUUCUUGACAGUUCAGGACGCAGUGUCCGCCAUCAUAAAGGAACGCGAAACCAAGAACCUCAAACCAACCUCAGUCUAA